AUAUACCCUUACACUAUCAGAAAUAAGAUGCCAAAGUAGAUACCCAGUUCAUCUUCUGAGAAGACAGCUUUCAGCUAGAGAAGUACACCAAAGUCACCAUGAUUGAAGACAACAAGGAAAACAAAGACCAUGCUUUAGAAAGAGGAAGAGCAACUCUGAUUUUUUCCUUAAAGAAUGAAGUUGGAGGACUUCUGAAAGCACUGAAAAUCUUCCAGGAGAAGCGCGUGAACCUGCUACAUAUCGAGUCCCGAGAAUCAAAGAGAAGAAGCUCGGAGUUUGAGAUUUUUGUUGACUGUGAUAUCAACAGAGAACAACUGAAUGAUAUUUUCCAUCUGUUGAAGUCUCACACUAACGUUCUGUCUGUGAAUCCCUCUGAUCAUUUUACUGCGAAGGAGGAUGGGACGGAAACGGUCCCUUGGUUCCCGAAGAAGAUCUCUGACCUGGACCACUGUGCCAACAGGGUUCUGAUGUACGGCUCUGAACUGGAUGCAGACCACCCUGGCUUCAAAGACAAUGUCUACCGUGAAAGACGGAAGUAUUUUGCAGACUUGGCUAUGAACUAUAAACAUGGAGACCCCAUCCCUAAGGUUGCGUUCACUGAAGAGGAGAUUAAGACCUGGGGGACCGUGUUCAGAGAGCUGAACAAACUUUACCCAACCCAUGCCUGCAGAGAGUAUCUCAAAAACUUACCUUUGCUUUCUAAGUAUUGUGGCUAUCGGGAAGACAACAUCCCACAGUUGGAAGAUGUUUCAAACUUUUUAAAAGAACGCACGGGUUUUUCUAUCCGUCCUGUGGCUGGUUACUUAUCACCAAGGGAUUUCUUAUCAGGUUUAGCCUUUCGAGUUUUCCACUGCACACAGUAUGUGCGGCACAGUUCAGAUCCCCUCUAUACUCCAGAGCCCGAUACCUGCCAUGAACUCUUAGGCCACGUUCCCCUUUUGGCUGAACCUAGUUUUGCACAAUUCUCCCAAGAAAUUGGCCUGGCAUCCCUUGGAGCGUCAGAGGAGGCUGUUCAAAAACUGGCAACGUGCUACUUUUUCACUGUGGAGUUCGGGCUGUGCAAAGAAGAUGGGCAGCUGAGAGUCUUCGGUGCUGGCUUGCUGUCUUCUAUCAGUGAACUCAGACAUGCACUUUCAGGACAUGCCAAUGUAAAGCCCUUUGACCCCAAGAUUACCUGCAAACAGGAAUGUCUCAUCACAACUUUUCAGGAUGUCUACUUUGUAUCUGAGAGCUUUGAAGAUGCAAAGGAGAAGAUGAGAGAAUUUACCAAAACGAUUAAGCGCCCAUUUGGAGUGAAGUAUAAUCCAUACACACGGAGUAUUCAGAUCUUGAAAGACACGGAGAGCAUCACCAAUGCCAUGAAUGAGCUGCGGCAUGACCUCGAUGUCGUCAGUGGCGCCCUUGCUAACGUCAGCCGGCCGCUGAGCAUCUGACUGUGUCCCGUCCUAAUCCUGAGAGCAUCUGAGCAUCUGUGCAGAGGCCUGGGGGCCAACUCUUGCUUUUCUUGAAGACUUGGUCAUGGGCGGGGGUGGGGGGUAGCAGCCAAACAAUGUUUUCUACUCCCACUUCUUUUUUUCAGUAUAUUAUCUAGAUUAUCUUUUUUUAAAAAUUAUUUUAUUGUUGUUCAAUUACAGUUGCCUGCCUUUUCCCCUAACACUCCCCUCCAACCCCAGACAAACCCAACCCACCUCUCUCCCUUGCUUCCAUGCCCCCCCACCCCACCCCGCUUGGUUUUGUCCAUGUGUCCUUUAUAUCUACUCCCAUUUCUUAGUGGCCCAUUAAUCUUUGAAAAUGUGUACCUGAAGACUCUAGCCACCACCUGUUUUUUUUUUGUAACAGUUUUAGUGAAAUAUGAUUGAUAUACCAUGAAAUUCACUGACUACCUAUUUUUUUAAUAGAGAAGUUAUUUGUCCCGAUGGAUAUAUCUAGUCCCAGUCGGAUUCUAUUUUUUGCUAUCUUUCUUGAGUAAAAUAACCGUUAUGAUUAUGUAAGAUACUUUCAGAGGUAUUAUGGAGCUGGUUCAUGUUGUUACCUAAAUCCUCUUAUUCCUAAACCAGCUUACUUAUCAAUGAAUUUGUGCCAAGCUCGAUCACACCCACACACCUAAAUUUAAUAGGAGACCAGCUGCUAGCAUGAACGAAAUGAGAGAGGACCUUGUGCAUGAAGCUUACCUGGUAGAGAGCAAGCAAUCUGGCUUCAAGUGUAGUGUCUUGUGGGGAAAGAGGAGUAGCUAAGUCCGGCAAGGUCAGUUAGGACCAGACUAAGAUUAUGGGACUUCAUUUUGUAGGCACUUGGCAGCCCCUUCCCAAGUGACAAUCCUCCUUAAAACUUUUUUCUGGCUUUGCAUGACACUGAUUUUAUUUUAGAUUAUCUGGUCUACUCGUGCAGCCACGGGAACUUGGUGGGGGUACCACUCGCAAAGCCCUGUACUCAGACAUGGGCCCUAGGUAUUGUGAUGGAUCGUCCUCAGGUUAGCAGGAGGCUGUGCUGUCAAAGGGAGCGUUCCAGCGGAGUCAGACGAGAGCAGCACAAAGUUAAAGUUGGAGAAGCAGUGCCAGGCACUUUAUGUGUAAGGUCUCAGGUGAGACCAUGAAUAGGAAGGUAAGCUGUGAGGGUAGAGGGUGGGGCCACCUGGAGGAAAUGGAAUGUAAGAAAGGUCGGGAAGAGCACUUUGGGACUGAUGCGGCAACAGUGCAAGGGCGGGCUUUUGUGUGGCGUGCGUGGUGUAGGGCAGGGAGUAGGCCUGCUGUUGUAUAAACAGACGAAGCUGGGCUCCCAAAUACAUGCUGUGUCUUUUUAAUUUGCGCCUUUUCUCCCCUCCCUUCCCCAAAGGAAGGCUUUCCUCAAGUGUCUAUCGUUGGCCCUCUCCUCUCUCUGUUCUCUCUUCAUGGGAAACAGCAUUUAAGUCCCUAACUUCAGUUCUUAUUUUGUAUGAUUUUCAUAUUUGCAGUCCUAACCCUGAUGUCGUUCUUGAAGUUUUGCCUCUGAAUUCCAGCUGUCUGCUGGAUAUUUCCGUCUAGGUGUCCCAUCAAUCAGGCCAGCGCUGUACAACGUUCUGUGGCACCGUUUACAGAGUGUAACAGCAUUGUGCAGUGCGGCAGCCCUGCCCAAUGUCUCAGACUCCACAGGAUCGAAGCAAAACUCAGAAUAACCUGAAUGUUAUGUCCCAUCAGCUCCUUCUCCCAGGGAUCUCUUUACUGAUGGUAUAUGAUGGGUCAUAUUUUCAGCCAGUUUUCCAUUUCCAAGAAACUGUCCUUAUAUUUCACAUUAAUAGUCAAAUUAAAUAUCAUUUAACAUGUUUUAUUUCAACAGGUCACUUGAUCUUUUAAUCCUAUUAGACCUCAAAAGAAAUUGUAAAAAUCUUCUUUAAAAUUCCUUUCAUUUUAUGUUAUAUUAGGAAAUAGAAUUAGGAAAGGUAAUUCAUGCUAUUUCAUGUUUUUACAUUACUUAUACAUUUUAAUAGCCAAUUAACUGUUAAAUAUAGUUUUGAUAGUAAAAAGAUGUUAAGUCAGCUAAUCUAAAAUCAUUUAAAAUAUUCAUUAGCUAGUUUAUAGUUAGCGUAUUUGGUUGCAAGGAAAUGUGUCAUAAGAUAUUGAUUAACAGCAAACGCUAGCAAAUUGUGCAUCCUGUAUCUGGUUAUUAUCACAUGGCUUUGAUCAUGGUGAAGACUUAUAGUUAUUGAAUUCUGAAUUUUAAAUGAUGGUAUUUAAAAUCACUCUAAAGCACACUAAAAUCAAUAUCUAAAGGCACAACCAUUAUAAUUAACAACUUCAGAAUAAUGGAAAUAUUUAAGGAUUGAUUUCAGUUCUUCUAAUCUCUGUAUUUGAUAUUUGAUAAGUCAGGAUUCCUGCAAGUCUUAGAAUUUUCAUGCAUUCAAAAUAUAUAUCUUCAAAGCAUCUAGAAGUAAACUGAACCAAAAGUUUGGUUCAUAAUUCUUCUUUUCUCUCGCUGUGUUGCUUGUGGUUGAAAGAACAUAAAAUAGAGUUCAUAUAUUAAUUUCUAGGAAAUAUAUAAAGAUAUUGUGGUCUAUUUCAGUCCAGUCUUUGUUUUAUGAUGUGACAUGCAUUUAUAAUUUGCAAAUUUGUUAUUCAACUGGAUAAUAAAUGAAUGCAAACUUCA